AUGUACCUCCUCACCAUCCUGUCCCUCCUGUUCGUCAGCGCCCUGGCACAAGUCGGACCCCAAGCCCAACAGCUCCCAGCUUGCAUUAAAACCUGCGAUCCUCCUGCGAUCGCGUCGGUGAACUGCACAAACGCCGAUCAGUACUGCCAUUGUGUUCGGCAGACGGAGAUCAUUUCAAACAUUUCGGCGUGUGCGGAUGGGGAGUGUAUGAAUCCGAGUGCGAGUCUGUACACUUUCACAACAUUGUUCGGAGAUGUAUGCUCGAAGUUCAACAUCAGCGUUCCAGUGGUUGGAAGCAACUCCUCCGCGAAUGGCACCACAGUGACUCCUCCCUCACCGAGCGGCAGUAUCGUCCCGUACACCGGAUCAGCGACAUCGACAUUCACGAUCGGAUCAGGAAGUCUGAGCAUCUUCCUCCUCGGAGCAUUCAUUACAGCCCUAUCCAGCAUCACCAUAUAA